UGACGCGGAUACAGUCAUUUUUGAAUUGCCCAGUUCUUCUGCAGCAUCAGAAGCCCAAGAAGUUCCAAAGCUAGAGAGGACUGAGAGUGUAUUUCUUACUAAAAAAUCAUUACACAUCGGUUCAGCUUCAGAUGACAGCUUCUCGGAUAUAGUUAGCAGCAUUGAAAACAGCGAUGAUGACUUUGUGCCGGAUUCAGAGAGCUGUUCAGAAGAAUCUGAAGAGAGCCUUCCAUGUGGAAAAAGGAGACGUCUGUCACAGACCAGUCUCUCAUCUCCCAAUGUGACCUUAGACAGCAGUGAUGAUAAUUCAUCUUCCAUGAAUGCAGCCCAACAGUCUUCCUCUCCUGAAGAUAAGGAGACAUCAACUCAGCCAGUCGAGGAUGUCAACAGUGAUAUUUCGGUAAUGAAAUUGAAGAAGACUGCAUAUGGCCAAAGAGUGUACAACAAAAAGCAGUAUUGCUUUUACUGCUGCAAACCAUUCAGCAAGAUGGCAAGGCACUUGGCCCAAAUACAUAAGGAUGAGGUGGAGGUUGCAAAAGCACUUUCUUUUACGAAGGGGUCUAAAGAAAGAAGGGUUCAUCUAGAUCUUUUGCGUAACAAAGGGAAUCGUGCACACAACGUAAACGUUCUGAAAGCAGGCAAAGGUGUAUUGGUGCCACGUCAACAAGCAACUGCCAAGCAGGUAGACGUGAAUGACUAUGUGCACUGUUUACACUGCCAAGGGCUGUUCAGACGAAAGGCUCUUUGGAGGCAUAUGGCAAGGUGUAAUUUGGCGAAGAAGUGCCAGCUCACAAAACCAGGCAGAUCUAGAGUUCAAGCACUCUGCGCAUAUGCACAGCCUGUCCCUGAAGGGGUAAGUAAGAAGUUAUGGAAGCUCAUAAGUGACAUGAAGCAAGACAAAGUAACACAGGCAGUUAAAAGUGAUGUAUGUAUCAUCAGAUUUGGAGAACAUUUGUGUAACAAAAUGGGCAAUGACAAAACUAAGCACGAAUACAUAAGAACUAAAAUGCGUGAGGCUGGAAGGCUGUUGGUGUGUGCCAAGAAAAGGGGAACGCUAAAUGCAAUCAAAGACUUUUUCAUACCUUCAAACUUCUACAAUGCCAUUCAGGCUGUUAAAGACACAGCAGGAUUCAAAGAUGAAGAAGAGGUCUUCACAGUCCCCUCUUUGGCUUUGAAACUGGGCCACACCCUCAAGAGAAUGGCGGAUAUUGCUGAAUGUGAGGCAAUGAUGGCAGGAGAGGAAAGCAGCAUACAGAAUGUGAAGCGCUUCAAAGACAUGUACACCACUAAAUGGAAUGAGUGUGUGUCAGCAUCAGCCUUGAAAACCCUGAGAGAAGCAAAGUGGAACUCUCCAGAACUUCUUCCUUUCACAGAAGAUGUCAAAAAAAUGCAUAUGCACCUCAACAAGAAAACUAAACAGUAUCAGGAAAAAAUCAAAGCGGAGAAAAACCAGAAGAAUUGGUCACAGCUAGCCCAAGCGACUUUGUGUGAGGUAAUCCUAUUUAAUCGCCGAAGACCUGGAGAAGUCUCAAAAAUGAAAUUGAACACAUUCCUUCUCAGAAACACUUCAGUCUUGCAUUCUGACGUUGCUGAUGCCUUAUCUGAAGUUGAGAAGAAGCUCUGUCAGCAUUUCCAACGCAUUGAAAUCAGAGGUAAACGAGACCGAAAGGUCCCAAUACUCCUGACUCCAGGCAUGCUGGAUUCAAUGGAUCUACUUGCAAAGUCUCGCCAAACAUGUGGUGUACUGGAUGAAAAUCCUUUUUUUUUUUCGACACCCAUGACCGAGAAAUCCUACUACCACGGCACAUCUUGUAUCAGGAAAGUUGCCCGGGAGUGUGGGGCCAAAUAUCCAAAGGCUCUUUCUUGCACAAAGCUGCGGAAACAUGUGGCUACAGUCUCUAAAGUGCUUAAUCUGAAGGACACUGAGAUGGACCAGUUGGCGGACUUCAUGGGACAUGACAUUCGUGUGCACAGACAGUUUUACAGGUUGCCUGAGGGGACGCUGCAGCUAGCCAAAAUCAGCAAGGUGCUGUUAGCCCUUGAACAGGGAAGAGUUGCGGAAUUCAAGGGUAAAAACAUUGAAGAGAUCAACAUUGAGCCUUAUGAGAAGCUGAAUUUAGUCAGUAACAUGUCUGAAAGUGAAGAUGAAGAGAGUGACAGCGAGAUGCUACAGCCAAAGAACACCAGGCGACCCCAGCGUCCUUCAACAUCUACAGACGAAUGUUUGGUUGACAGCGAGUCUGCAAUGCCACAGCCAAAGAAGCGACGACUAUCCCCUUCAACAUCAACGUCUACAGAGGAACUUCCCAUUAGCGGGAGGUCUACAAAGGGAAGAAGGAAGAAAGGAGGAAAGAUGCCUUCAAAAUCAGGUGGGUCAAAAUCCUCAAAAAGGGAGUGGACAGAAGAGGUGAAGGCAGUUAAGGACAGAUGCUUAUCCACUUCAAUAUCUUCAACCUCUACAGGUGUGUCAAAACCCCCCAAAAGAAAGUGGACAGAAGAAGAGGUGAAGGCAGUUGAGAACAAACUGAUGGAUUGCAUCACAUCUGGCAGGGUACCAGGGAAAUUGCAAUGUGAAGACUGCAUCAGGUCAGCUCCUUCAGUUCUUAAGCACAGAACCUGGGAAGCGGUGAAGUUUUACAUCAAAAACCGAAUAACGGCAUACCAGAGGGAAUGUGGUAAAAGAAAGUGAAAAAGCCGGCUCGGAUCAGUAUUAUAACUUUUCAGUUUUAGUCACAUCUGUUUUUUAACAGACUUGGUUUCUGUUUAGAAGUGUUGUCACAUUCUGUUUUUUUUUUUUUUUUUUUUUAUACAUAAUUUCUUUCCCACACAUAAUGGCACCAGAUAGUAGUUCAGUUUAGCUCUACCUUACCGAUGUGCCUUGACCUUCCCAAAUUAAACUAGCUUUUCCAUUAUUCUCAAUAAUGUUUUAUGUUUCUCAAUAUGGAUGCAUGUAUAACUGCAUACCAGAGGGAAUGUGGAAAAAGAAAAUUAAAGUGAAAAUGCUGGCUCGGGUCAGUAUUCCAGUUCCAGUCACAUAGUUGGAUUUCGAAAGACUUUGUUUCUGUUAAGAGGUGUUGUAACACAUUUCUAAUUAUCAUCUUAUAUAUAAAUAUCAUUUUUUUUCACAUAUAAUGGCACUAGAAAGUAGUUCAGCUCAGCUCUAGUAGCUUACUGAUGUGCCUUGACAUUAUUUAGAAUAAUGGAAGAGCUAGUUUAAUUUCUUUUUUUGUUGAUAUUGAUAUAGAUGCAUGCAUGCAUUGCAGGAUUGUUUUAUAUUAUCGAAAACCGAUAAUGGCAUACCCAGAGGGAUUGUGGUAGAAGAAAGUUAAAGUAAAAAUGCUGGCUCGAAUCUGUAUUUUUACUUUUCAGUUCCAGUAACAUAGUUGGAUUUUGAAAAAAAAAAAAAAUGGUUUCCGUUUAGAUGUGUUGUCACAUUUCUAAUGAUCUUUUUUUACAUAUGUAUUUGUCUUUUUUUUCCUACAAAUAAUGGCACCGGAGAGUAGUUCAGUUUAGCUCUAGUACCUUACCAAUGUGCCUUGAGAAGAGUGAUGAUGGUGAUGUAGAGAGAGGAGGAGAAGAAGUGAGGGAUGAUGGUGAUGUAGAGAGAGGAGAAGAAGUGAGGGAUGAUGGUGAUGUAGAGAGAGGAGGAGAAGUGAGGGAUGAUGGUGAUGUAGAGAGAGGAGGAGAAGAAGUGAAGGAUGAUGGUGAUGUAGAGAGAGGAGGAGAGGAAGUGAGUGAUGAUGGUGAUGUAGAGAGGAGGAGAAGAAGUGAGGGAUGAUGGUGAUGUAGAGAGAGGAGAAGUGAAGGAUGAUGGUGAUGUAGAGAGAGAGGAGAAGAAGUGAAGGAUGAUGGUGAUGUAGAGAGAGGAAGAGAGGAAGUGAUUGAUGAUGGUGAUGUAGAGAGGAGGAGAAGUGAGUGAUGAUGGUGUAGAGAGAGGAGGAGAAGAAGUGAAGGAUUAUGGUGAUGUAGAGAGAG